CUGCGGUAAUAAACAUAAAUAAUACAUGGUGUAUAUUUCAGAACUGUAGAUUUCCUCAAUGUUAUGACGUAUGAUUACCAUGGUACCUGGGACGCGACAGCCGGAGCUUACUCGCACGCGGAGCUAUUUCCAGACGUAGACCGGUCAAUAGGAGGGUGGAUCAACGCGUCAAGACUCCCCUCCAAACUGAUCAUGGGGAUCCCCGCCUACGGCAACGCGUACGCCCUGAGAUCACAGACCACACCGCCACUCAACUACGGCAUCGGCCAACCCACCAGCGGACCCGCCAUCCACGGGCCGUACGCACCAGAAAACGGAUCGUUAACGUAUCUAGAGAUCUGUGAAAACAUUCAGAACAACAGUUGGACGUCGCUUUACCUCGAGUCUCGCGUGACGACGGUGGCGUGGGGUCCGUCACCACUCGGGAUGGAGUGGGUCGGCUACGACGACAUCGAGAGCAUCAGAAGAAAGGCUGCGUACAUUCGAGAAAAAGGUCUUGCCGGGGCGAUGCUGUGGACACUGGACGACGACGACUACGGCAACUUCUGUGGCAAGGGAAGAUACCCCGUGGCAAGUGCUCUUCAAGAAGCCCUCCCUAGUGACGGCGAAAGAACCGUGACGACCACAUCGACGUCAGGCGUGUCAACGACGCCAUCCACAAUAACUACUCCAUCAACACCGGUCACAACGCCGCGAACCAUUAGAACCACGGUCCGCCCACCGACUAGACCGACCCCGCCCACCCCCAGGGAGGGGACUACGCCAGUGGGCGGAUCCCCCAGACCCCCGAUACACAACUGGGGUGGAUGCAGAAUCCAGUUUAUGCCACAGCGGUGGUGUAACUCUGGUCGUUCUAUGGGAGAAAAUCCGCGCGAAUUUGCACUGACUUCCAUGCCCGAAAUCUCUCUCUGCAUGGUGUGCACGUGCAACGAAGACUACUUGUACAACCCGUGCACCAAGACAUGUGACUUCCCUAGCAACAGAGCCGCAUGCUCCAUCUUCACCUAACUGUCAUAGGAUGUAAACUGGUUUUGGGGAGGACCAGAAGGAGUAAGAUGUUUUAAAGGCUCAGUGGUAACAUUACAUCCAUGGAUUAUUGUGCAAAAUGAGAACACGUUCGUUGGAUGAAAAACCGGAUAGUCUGAGAGAUUUAGUACGAAACAAAUACGACUGACAUAGACAUAAUAAGCACACAAAAACCGUUUUCAAGGCUAAUGGGAAUAUACAAUGUAGUUUGGAGAAUCCGUUGGGAUGAGGAUUAUCUUCAUACUGUGGCGUAGUUGUCAAGUAUGUAUAUAGCCACCAUGCAGAUUUGGAUACAAUAUUUUCUUAGAUAGCCCCUUAUUUAUAGCCUCCUUUUAUACUGAUGUUGAUCAUCAUGUACUUUUGUUAGACGCCCAAUAGACAGCGUUUUUUGUUUUUGUUUGUUGUUUUUGUGCUGGGGUGUCGUUAAAUAUUCAUUCAUUGAUUCAUUCACUCAUUCACUUUUUAAAAAUGCAUUACUAUAUACGACAUGUCAUCAAAACCCCAUUUAAUUAUGAAUUUAGGGUCAGAAUCUGUCCCACAGUUAUGCUUCGAUGUUUGCACAGUAGCAUGUAGCAUGAGUGCAAAAAUGCAGAUCCAUUGCUGCUAUUAGACAGGAGUACUAAGCAUCUUCUCUCACUUGACGAGUUGGACACGUAACAGUAAUAUUUUAAAUUGUACUACAGAAUCGUUUAACAUACUUUCCUAUCCUCUCCUUUCAUACUUUUCCGAUUGGCAAUUCAGCCUUGAUGAUGGAUACAUAUGACAUUAAAGCCGACCAGCUGACAAUAAGAAAAGGUCAUUGUGUGAUUAGUUUAUUCAGGAAAUUAAAACUAUUCCCAUCAUCUGCAACAGUUUUAGUAUGGUAGUACCAAACGAGGCUGUUCCUUGAUAUUAACUACAUACGGACAUGAUACUAUUAUAUCAUAUAAUAGAUACAUAGUCGUCAGAAGCGGAGGUAGUAGGUGGGUGGGGGCAGGGGGCACUGCUCUCGAACUCUGAGGGUAAUAGACUGUAGAUUCACCACACUCAUCCCUAUUUGUUAUCAUUUUCCUGUCCCUAUACUAUAUCAGUGUUGAGUGUUGCGAGGUUUAAUUUUAAUUUUAUACCUGUUUUAUCAACAUUAUGUUGUUGUUUUUUAAUUGUAAAUAAUUGUUUACAAGUAUUUCAUGAUGUCCAAAUAUAUUAUAUCAAGUAUUAUGUAAUCAAAAGCCAAUGCCAAAGCCUGUCAAGGGAUUCCUACCUGCUUUCUGGAGGUUUAGUAAGAUAUUGCUGGGGACUGGGUCCUUGGGUGAAAUAAUGUUGGAGGUUCUGAUCUUUUAAAAAAGGAAUUUGAGGUAGAGCGUUUCCCUGAAACUGUACAGGACUGAAGUUGCCUGAGUGGGAAAAAGGGUUAAAAUAUUUAAUGUGCGUCUCCCGCGAAAUGCUUACGGCAUCACGCCACCAUUUGUCGUGUUGUUACUUGCUGUAGCAGCUUAAUAUAGUCCGGUUUAGGAAAUAGUUCCUCAUAAAAAAUACUUCAAAAUUCUGAUAUGCUUUUUAAAAUCUUUCUUUGAAGGCUGACCUCUGUAGUAUUUAAAUAACCCAUUGGUUUGAAGUAACGUGUUAUAUGUAGUACUAACUGAUAACAACUGUGCAAGUGGUAUGAUGACACUUGUAUAACAGCAAUACGAGACGGUGGUCAGGCAUAGGGACCAUCAAUUGAAAAACCUCGUGGACGACCUAUGUUGAUUUUUUUACAUGGUACUUGUCAGUCGAGAACACUCCCUAAAAUUAGUAGUCACAUGACCCUCUCGACAGUGUUGUAUUUUUCACAGACUAUAUUCUGACAUAGAAACUGUAUUGAACUGCAUGGAGUAAUUAAUGGUGGCGUGUAACCUUACGACUUGCCAAACCAGCCAUCUAUACUGAACUACACUGAAAACUCACCACACAAUGUUCAGUUCUUAUUGCUCGAUAUGGCUGGUUGUUAUGAAAGACAAUACCCUAACCGGCGUGUACAAUUUUUGGGUUCCUUAUUACCUACCAGAAUACACCCAGUUAUAUAAAAUCAGUUACCUGUAUUACUCUUUUUCAAAUCAUAUCAUUUUGACAAGUACAACCUGACUGGUGCAUUUUCAAUGUAGUUCAGUAUACAUGUAUGUACGUAAACGCUAAUAAAUUACCGAUUGAUUUUUCAUCAGAUACCUUUUGAGUUUUGUCAAAUAUGAUCGAUUUAUGUCUGAUAAUGAUUGAGAUUUUUCCCCUUGCGCAUCAUUAGAUAUGAUGUUUUGUUUUGUUUUGUUUUUGUUUUCACCAUGCAGUAUUUAUAUCGCAAUGUACAUUGGUAC